UCAGAAUAUUAUUUUCUUUUAUUGCCAUAAGGGUUUAUCCAUCGCCAUGUUUGCGAAGAAUUUUAGGGUCAAGUCAAAUACAGCCAUAAAGGGAUCGGACAGGAGGAAGCUGCGAGCAGAUAUAAGUUCUGCAUUUCCUCCUCUUACUACAGACAAACUUUCUGAGUUGAUGCCAUCUAAAGAGGAGCUGAAUGUUGUAAAAGUAUAUCUACACAAAGGAGACGCAGUGACGUUAUAUGUCCACAGCCGAAACCCAGUUAUGUUUGAGCUGGAGAGAAACCUCUAUCCAACAGUUUAUACUUUGUGGAAGUAUCCAGAUCUUCUCCCAGCAUUCACCACAUGGCCACCUGUCUUGGAGAAAAUGGCAGGUGGAGCAGAUCUGAUGCUGCCUGGUGUUGUUGUCCCCCCUUCUGGUCUUCCUCAGAUACAACAAGGCAGCCUAUGUGCAAUCACCUUGGUGGGAAACAGGGCCCCUGUGGCUAUUGGCGUGGCUACUAUGUCGUCAAAAGACAUGCUGGCAUCAGGGAUGAAAGGGAAAGGUUUCAAUGUUUUGCACACAUUUGGAGAUCAGUUAUGGGCAUAUGGAGACAAGUCCAGCCUGCCAAACAUCCCUGUACCAGAGAUCAGUCUGACCAUAGUGGAAGGGGGAGAUGGGAAAGCUGCUUCGCAGGAGGUCUCCGAGGCCCAGGAUCCACAAGCACAGUUCGAGAAUCUCAGUCUUGUGAAGGAAGAAACCACUGUUGCAAAUAAAGCAGAGGAUCCUGAAGAACAGUUUGAGAAUGCAGAAGAACAGUUAAAAGAGACAGAAGAGUCACCUCAAGAAGCUAUGGACAAUUUGCUGCACCAGUGCUUCUUUCAUGCAUUAAAGCAUAAAGUGAAAAAAUCAGAUCUUCCUCUUCUCACAAGCACAUUUCUGCGUAAUUUUCUCUUUCCCUGCUGUCCAGAAGGACAGCAAGUGGAUAUUAAAAAGUCAAGUUACAAGAAGCUCUCUAAGUUUUUGCAAACAAUGCAACAGCGAAAGGUCUUGCAGGUGAAGGAGCUCAGUAAGGGAGUUGAGAGCAUAGUCGAAAUAGACUGGAAGCAUCCUGAUGUCCGUUCCUUUGUUGCACCGGACUCUGUACCAGUGGACCUGGUGGUUUCUGAGAGCAUAAAUGGAGAAGGAGAAUCACCAUACCAGCCCCCUGAAAUUAUAACCCUCUAUGGUAUUUCCAGUAAGAUGCUGCCACUUUUCCAAGAGAGUGGGCAUAGAAAAGGAGAUCUGCUCACCCAAAGUGAUGUUAGAAGCAUCGUUAUUACAUAUGUGAAAAACAAUGAGUUAGUCAAUUCAAAUAAUAAAAACUUUGUGAAUAUAAACCCAGUUCUUUGUGAUUGCCUGCUUGAAAAAUCGGAGCACAAUGACAUUUUCACUCUGAAAUGGGAUGACCUUCUCUCAAGGUGUCUGGAAAAGAUGCAGCAUUCCCAUCAAGUGACGAUCCCUGGUCGACCAUCCUUUAUACGAAAAGGAAACAUUGACCCAAUUGAUAUCAGUGUGGUCCAGAGGGGAUCAAAUAAAAAGGCGACAAUAAUUAAAAAUCUGGAGCUGUAUGGACUAGAUCCUUCUUCAGUGGGAAACAUGCUGCAGCAGCGUGUUCAGGCCAGUUCCACGUGCACAGCUAUCCCAGGGUCUAAAGAAAGAGUGCAAGUGCAGAUACAGGGCAACCAGGUGUCUCAGGUUGGAAAACUACUACUUGAAGACUUUAAAAUACCUCGCAAAUACAUUGCUGGACUGGACCUGGCUAAAUUUGGUAAAAAGAAAUGAAGAAUAAAAAUUGUUCGGGCAGUAUGUGGCAUAUGUGGCCCAACAUGAAACACUCAGCUCUAUUAAACUGUCAAAGUACAUCUAUGAGAAGAACUGGCAUAGGGAAUCCUUUGUGAUGUCACUCAUUGUGUGUACAGCUUCUCUAUGGACGAUCAGUGCUUUCAUUUACUCAGAGCCUACAUGUUCAACUCUGAGAGUGUUUACCAAAACAUCAACAGCAUGUUCAUUAAACUAUAUUUAAAAUA